UCCCCGCUCGGGCGGAGAGCAGCCCACAGUGCAGACGCUGCUGGCGCGCGUCCAGCAGGACCUCAGCAAAGACCCGGCGGGCUGGCGGACGGCACGGAGGAGGCGGCAACUGCCACGGUGGCCCCCGCGGGUGCCGGGCGCGCCAAGAUGUUUGACAGCUCGCAGUAUCCCUACAAUUGCUUCAAUUAUGACGCCGACGACUACCCGGUGGGCAGCUCCGACGAGCAGAAGCGGCUCACGAGGCCCGCGUACAGCUACAUCGCGCUGAUCGCCAUGGCCAUCCAGCAGAGCCCCUCGGGCAGGGUGACCCUGUCCGGCAUCUACGACUUCAUCACGCGCAAGUUCCCCUACUACCGAGCCAACCAGCGCGCCUGGCAGAACUCCAUCCGCCACAACCUGUCCCUCAACAGCUGCUUCGUGAAGGUGCCUCGGACGGAGGGCCACGAGAAGGGCAAGGGUAACUACUGGACGUUGGCGGCGGGCUGCGAGUCGCUGCUGGACCUCUUCGAGAACGGCAACUAUCGCAGACGGCGCCGGCGCCGCGGCCCCAAGCGCGAGGGGGCGGGGCAGGCGCGUGCGGGGGGCGCGGAGGGGCCGCAGGGGCCCCCUGAGCCAGCCCCAGGCCAGCCCCCCGCCCCUGCCAGCCCGGCUGCCCUGGGGAAGGCGGAGCACAGGGGCAUCAAGUUCAGCAUUGACUACAUCCUGUCCGCGCCGGGCCCUUUCCCGGGGCUCAAGGGUCCCUACGGCCAGCAGGAGGGCAGAACCCCGCGGCUGGGGGCCCAGCAAAUGAACCUCCACCUGUGGACGAUAUGAGGCCGGGCUGGCGCCCGGUCGGUCCCGGGGCUUCCGGGCGAUUUCGGCCCCACCUCCAGCCAAGAAGCCAGGUUUUGCCACAUCCCGCUAGCUUCCCCAGACUCGUGUUCCGCGCCGAACACCAGCAUGGGCCGGAGGGACAAGAGGUCAGUCUUCUGGCUUCAUCCUUCCCAAGUUCCCUUGCAGGAAGACCCAUGGGGUCCCGCCCUAGGUUCACUGAGCAGCCCCACUCUGCGGGAUAUGAAUACAGGUUCGGGGCCACACUCACUCACAGACAAGGCAGCACCUCAUCCCUCUGUCUUCUGAGAACUGGCUGCACAGACCCCACACCCUGGAAGCUGCCCGUGAGCUCUGGAUGCAGAUGGCGAGGUGGGUGGGCAUCUUCCCAGAGCUAGAAGUGCAAACGGUGAAACCAGAUAUUCCUUGACCCCAUGAAUGUCGUCCCCGAGUUUCUGACGGUGGCCCUGUUAUGGACGAUGUGAUCGGAAGUUUAAGCGCAUCUCGUGUUGCGGACAGAAUAUCCAACGAUUGCUUCAGAAAUCCCGUGCACUGUUUUAUACAGGAAAGAAGGCAGGAAGACGGGAGGAGCAAGGGGGGCUCCGAAUUUGGGACAACAUGGGGGGAAGCACACUUUUCUUGGUUCUUGUGAGCAGGGAGUUAGCUCCUAUUCGGGCGUGUUCCGCCCGGCUGGUUUCCCAAGAGAGCAGACACUACGUAGCAGGCGGCUGACAGAUUCUGCUACACUCGAGCUGUACAAUUAGGGAGCGCACAAUUACAAGCUUUGGAGGUGGGUACACUCCAUUUGAAAUGUAAAUGAUUUAAUUACCGUGUGGAGACGGGCAUCUUAAAAAACACAAUUAUGCACAGUGAAACUAUUUGACCAACCUUAUCAUUUUUCACCAGCCCAUUUUUGCAGAGUUAAUUGCUUUCCAUGACUUAAUUUGAACAUUAGUAUGGAUUACACCUAAUCUGAUCUACUAGGUGACAAUGAUUGGCUAAUUCCGUAAACAACAAAAACACGCCCAAGAAGGCUGGCUGCCUCAGCUGGGAAUUACAUGGUCGUGCUUUAUCGGACUCUGAAAAACCCAGACCAGUAAAGGAAGGAAGGCAGGCAGGAGGUAGAGGCAGAGCCACGCAGGACUCGCUCGGACUAGCUUGCUUCCGAUUCAGACGCGUCGUUCAACGGCCGCAGUAUCACUUGUCCACCCUGUACAGACUCCUUGGGUUGCUGUCAGUGUUUUGAGAAGAGGGGAGAAGGCCGUUGCUUGCAACUGUUGUGAAACGCCUGGUCCCUGAGUCCGGAGAUGACCCCUGGUGGUGAUGCGCCCACCGCCUGCCCGCCCGUACUCUCUCCGUUUGGCCAGGCCUUGCCAAGGGGGCAGCCUGCCAGCCUCGUGGGAGGAGGGGAGCCCUGCCUCAAGGAGCCCUCUGGAAAGCAGGAACAAGGACACCUCUCCGAAGAUGCCUGCCGCCGGAUCUCUUGCCUGGGAAGGCACCCGACACCAGUGGGUCCUCCUGCCCGCCGGGCACGGCGCUGGCCCCCUGUCUGGGGCUGUCUCCGGAGCGGGCACACCGGCCCUGGUUGACGGUCGCGUGAUUCCCCCUCCCUGUGCUACAGAUGGGGCCCGGCGAGCAGGCGGGCCCGGCAUGUGGCUCUGGGGAUGGGCUGCUGACGCUUCCUCCACACUAAGGCUCAUGCGGCUCGGAGGGGCCCUGUGCCCGUGUGUGCGUGUAUGUGUCGUCCGUGUGCACACCUGCUAUUUACGCCCUUUGCCGGUUGUGCAGAGAGCGCUGUUUUAACGGUAGUAGACGCGGCCUGGGUGGUGGCGCGACGCGGCUGGUGCCGUCACACAUAAGUGGGGGGCACACGGCGUCCGAAGGUGUAGUUUUCUGCUACCGAUGAAGCGAAUACGAUGUGCGUUUUAUCUUUCGGGUUCUAGCCGUGUUCUUCCUGUGUUUUGUGCCGGUGAGCACAGCCUGACGGCGAACAGGAGAUUCCUGUGUCCUAAACAGGGGUAUCAAUCAUGUUCUCGAACGCGAAGGGACAUUUUCAAUUUGCCAGCGUGUGAUACCCCACGACUUCACAAAGUCUCCCAGCCCUCAGAGUGAGUGGCAUUUAAUACCAGACAACAUCGCAGGGGUGAGGGCUGGCUCUGGCCUAUUCAAAUGCCACUGCCACCACGCAGACUCGCCCAGCGCCAUUAUAAUUAAAGACUUUAUGCCUCUCUUG